AUGUACUACGAUGCUUUCACCGAGUUAGGGCUACCUAGAGGCCAGCUCAAAGAGGUACGAACUCCACUCUCUGGGUUUACUGGGGAUUCGGUGGAAACAGAAGGGUCGGUGACCCUGCCCGUGGAAAUAGGCACGAGCCCCAACAUUCGCAAGCUGGACAUGGAGUUCAUCGUGGUAAGACUCACUUGUGCGCACAACAUCAUACUCGGGAGGCCAGCACUGGAGGACCUCAAGGCCAUAGUAUCGGUGGAACACCUGUGUAUGAAGUUCCCCACUCCGAAUGGAAUAGGAGUCGUCAGGGGUGACCGACGGGCAGCCCGCAGUUGCUACGUGAAGGCAUGCAAGAAGAUUGGCAGUAAGGACCUACAGGUCCACACGAUCGCGGAGAAAAUUUUCAAAGAAGAAGAGGCCUGGCCCCGCGCCGAGCCCGCGUCAGAAACGGAAGAUAUAGUUCUGGAUCCCUCCAGACCAGACCGAGUGGUGAAGAUCGGCAUAGGAUUAAGCCCAGAACUAAGGGCCCAGAUAGUGGAUGUAAUCCGCCGUUCUCACACGGUGUUCGCAUGGGGGCCAGAGGACAUGCCGGGCAUAGAUCGAAGGAUCAUAACCCACAAGCUCGCAGUCGAUCCCAGCGGAAAACCAGUGCAUCAGCGAAAAAGGUAUAUGUCGGCAGAACGAAGGGAGUUCGUGAAAAAGGAGGCGACCGCAUUACUCAACGUAGGGCACAUCAAGGAGAUUUACUACCCACAGUGGCUGAGCAACGUAGUCUUGGCUCCCAAAGGAUCAACAUGGAGGAUGUGCAUGGACUACACGGACCUCAAUAGGGCAUGCCCUAUGGUCCGUUUUCCACUACCCAAUAUAGAUCAAUUGGUGGAUGAGACGGCAGGAUGUGAACUCAUGAGCUUCAUGGACGCCUUCCGUGGGUACCAUCAGAUAUCCAUGCAUGAGGAGGACGCAGAGAAGACCGCUUUCACCACUCACGAGGGGAUAUUCUGCUACGUGGUCAUGCCGUUCGGACUGAAGAAUGCCGGGGCCACAUACACUCGUAUGGUGGCAAAGCUGUUCAAGACAGUACUGAGACGAAACAUGGAAGCAUACGUGGACGACAUGAUCGUCAAAAGUCGCAACGCCACCUCCCAUGUCGAGGAUCUCAGUGAGGUAUUUUCCAUUAUGAAGAAAUUUAAUUUGCGCUUGAACCCAAAAAAAUGCACCAUCGCCGUUGAUGGGGGCAAAUUUCUAGGCUUCAUGGUCACUAGGAACGGCAUUGAGCCGAAUCCAGAAAAAGUAAGGACUAUCCUUGACAUGGAGCCUCCGCGGUCCAUAAAGGAAGUCCAGAGACUCAACGGGCGUCUGGCGGCCUUAGGCCGUUUUCUAUCUAAAUCGGCUGAACGUUCCCUCCCCUUCUUCCAAAUCUUGAAAAAGAGCAAAGGGUUCGAGUGGAUGCCAGACUGUCAAAAGGCCUUUGAAGAGUUGAAAAAAUAUUUGUUGUCCCCGCCCCUGCUUGCAAAGCCAGAGGCAGGUGAAACCCUAAUCCUGUACUUGGGCGUGUCACAGGGUGCGAUCAGCUCCGUGCUGGUCAAAAAAGAAGGAGGGACUCAGCGUCCCAUCUACUACGUAAGCAAAGCCCUACACGACGCGGAGCUCCGGUACAAUGUGUUGGAGAAAACAAUAUUUGCCAUAGUCACUUCAUCAAAAAGUCAGUUUGACAUAGAUUUCAAACCAAGGCCCGCCAUCAAAGGCCAAGCUCUUGCAGACUUUAUAGUGGAGUGCACAGCUCGGGAAGUGACGGACCAGGUAGAAACUGAAGAUGGAGGGUGGUGGACCUUGUCCACAGACGGCUCUUCAAACAGCAAAGGUUGCGGCGGUGGCGUAGUGCUCGUCACUCCGGAGGGAUUCCGCCCCUACUAUGCCAUCCGAUUCCACUUCAAAUUAUCUAACAAUGAGAUAGAGUACGAGGCCCUCCUCAAUGGACUGCGAUUGGCGGCGGGACUACGAGCUGAGAAGGUCCGAAUUCGAUGCGAUUCCAAGCUGGUGGUCAGCCAGGUAUCUGGGGAGUAUGAAGCCAACGAAGGAAGCAUGCAGAAAUACAGAGAUGCGGUGUUGAGAACCCUGCGCGAGUUUGAGGGAUAUGAGAUACACCAGACUAGGGAGCCAUGUUGGAUUGAUCAUUUCAAACGAUACAAGGCAGAUGGCACCCUACCGCAAGACGAGGCAGACGCAAAGGUAACGAAGUUACGGGCACCCAACUACGUUGUCUCGGGCGAUAAACUGUACAAACGCUCCUAUAACGGCACGUUACUGAGGUGUCUAUAUCCAGAAGCGAAGUUGGUGAUAAAAGAAGUCCACGAGGGGGGAAUUGACCUGGUAGGGGCCCUUCCCACGGGGACUGGAAGCAGGAAGUACAUCAUUGUGGCCAUCGACUAUUUCACGAAAUGGGUGGAGGCCGAGCCCCUGGCGAGCAUCACCGCAGCAAGGUGCAAAAGGUUUGUCGAGAAAAACAUCCUGUAUCAUUUCGGUAUCCCUCUCCAGGUAAUCACAGACAAUGGCCGUCAGUUCGAGGCACGAGAAUUUUCAGAAUUCUUAGCAGGAUGGGGCGUUAAGCAUAACCGGGUGGCGGUAUCUUAUCCUCAAGCGAAUGGGCAAGUGGAGAAUGCGAAUAGAACCAUCCUCGACGACCUCAAGAAAAAGCUAGAAGUGGCUGGCGGAGCCUGGGUGGAGGAACUCGACAGCAUCCUCUGGGCCUAUCGCAUGACACCAAGAAGGGCCACCGGGGAAACCCCGUUCGCACUUGCCUAUGGAUUCGAAGCUCGAGCCCCGGUGGAAGUAAUCAUACCUAGUAGAAGGGUGGAGGAGUUCGAGUCAGAACAAAAUGAACUCCAUCAAAGGGUGGAUCUGAACUUCUUGGAUGAAAAAAGAAAAGCGGCAUUCUGCAAGAUGGAGAACUACGGUCGUCAGCUAAAGUCCUACCACGAUGCAAAAGUCCGACCCCGGUACUUCCAGGUCAGCGACCUUGUGUUGUGA